UAUGUGCCGCCAUCACCUCCGACCGAACUCAUUGAGUCUACAUCCUACGCGUUAGAUUUUACAGGUCGAAAAUUUAUAUUUAUCGGUAUCGAUCCAACAGAACAAUUUCAAACAGUUGUUCAUUUAUUAACAUCAUCACGUUAUGUUAAAAUUAGUAUAGAUUUUUUAAGACGUAUAUUCUCGCUUAUGGGUAAUAUCUUAUCUUUUAUACUGAACAUUCCACAAUCAUAUAAACGUAUGAUAUUUCUGGAUACCGAUUCUUAUAAAAUAUCAACUAUGGUUUAUAGUGGUUCAAACGUCCUAGUAAUUGAAUCUAAAGAUAUUGACGGAUGCAGAGUCUUACUAAAUCGUAAAGAUUUAAUAAGACUUCAGGAAUUAGAAUGGUGUAUUACUGAGAAUAUUAAUGAAAAAGAAUUAAACAUAAAGCCAAAAAUUAUGAGACAAAUGGACGAAUACUGUAAAUAUUUAACUGAAAAGUGCUUACGAGUGGAUUUACAACCUAAAAAUUUGGAAGAAAUGGAAAAUUUCAUUCGUAACGUAGAAAUCAGACAGAGUAUGGCUAUACCGAGCUUAAGUCAAAUUAAAAUGUUUGCUACUGUACAAUUAGCUAUACUUUGUAUGGAUCAAUGGAACGCACAAAACCCUAAAGUAAUAAUUUAUUAA